UCAGAGUCGCGCGGGGAAGCGCUGGCGGGACGUGAGGGUCCGGGUGCUGCGCGGGGUGGCCUGGGACGCAGCGGGGAGCUCUGAAAGAAUUGAAAGAAUGUCUGCGCUGAACUGGAAGCCAUUUGUUUAUGGAGGUCUCGCUUCUAUCACUGCAGAAUGUGGUACUUUUCCAAUUGAUCUGACCAAAACACGCCUCCAGGUCCAGGGUCAAACUACUGAUGCCAAAUACAAAGAAAUUCGUUACCGAGGAAUGGUGCAUGCACUAGUGAGGAUAUGCAGAGAAGAAGGAUUGAAAGCAUUGUAUUCUGGGAUUGCCCCUGCAAUGCUACGCCAGGCUUCAUAUGGAACCAUAAAAAUAGGAACUUACCAAAGCUUGAAAAGAACGUUUGUUGAGCGACCAGAAGAUGAAACCCUGCUGAUAAAUGUUGUAUGUGGUGUUCUUUCGGGGGUGAUCUCAUCAUGUAUUGCCAAUCCUACAGAUGUUUUGAAGAUUAGAAUGCAGGCCCAAGGCAGUGUGAUUCAAGGAGGAAUGUUGGGCAACUUUAUACGCAUCUACCGAAAAGAAGGCACUAGAGGACUAUGGAAGGGGGUGUCUCUAACAGCUCAGAGAGCUGCUAUUGUUGUUGGAGUGGAGCUGCCGGUCUACGAUCUUGCCAAGAAGCAUAUAAUCAUGUCUGGAUUCAUGGGAGAUACUGUGUAUACUCACUUCCUAUCAAGCUUCACCUGUGGGUUAGCUGGAGCCCUUGCAUCAAAUCCAAUUGAUGUUGUGAGAACACGCAUGAUGAAUCAGAGAAGCCUGCAAAAUGGGACACAAUCAGGCUACAAGGGCACUUUGGAUUGCUUGUUACAAACAUGGAAGAAUGAAGGCUUUUUUGCUUUAUAUAAAGGAUUCUGGCCAAAUUGGUUAAGACUUGGUCCUUGGAAUAUUAUUUUCUUUGUGACAUAUGAACAGCUGAAGAAACUGGAUUUCUGACGGAUGCUAGAUUGUCUGUUGCCUCAAACUGUGCUGCUUUAGCUUUUGAACUUAGGGCAAUUUAAAAAAUGCUCUUUAGUGUUUGCUUGCAUCAGGCAUCUAACGUGUUGACGGGGAAAAAUAAAGUGGAUCAUCAUAAUGUUGGACUGUCCAAAAAGUUCUCAGAAAAUGGUGGAUACUGUAAUGUUACUUCACUAAUAUGCUAGAACCCAAACACCAGCUCUUGAAACUAAACUUGAUAGAAUUCCUCUAGAAGAGAUGUAAGUGCUCUAGGACAUAAAAUGCAUGACACAACUCAUACAUGUAAAAGCUUUUCUGGCUGAUUACAUUGCACUUCUGGACAAUAGGAAAAUAGCUACAACAAUGCUUCUCCAGAGGUAGGUAUAGGUUUUGGAAGAACCAAGCUCUUUGGUCGUCUUCCUGAACCUGGAGGUAGUAAUAUGGUCAUAAAUGGCUGAUUGCAACUUCUUUUGAAAUUUUGGAUGCUUCUUAGUUCAGAUGUUUCAUGGUGAAAGGACUUUUUUCCUAGUAAUUCAGGCUAUAGUGAGUUGUAUUCUCUGUAACUGACACCAAACCAAGUAUACUUUCAAAAUAUACUUGUUAGGGAAUUUAAAUGUUGUCAAAAGCUAACUGUGCUUCUGGGUUGAAAAUCUGCCUAAUUUUGGGAGUAACAAGGUUUAAUUAAAAAAAACAAAAUCUUGUUCCUAAGAUUUGUCACAAUUCUGUGUGGUUUAAGGAAAUUCUGGCUUUUUUAAGAUGUGUCGUUAGCUUAUAAUAUGGGGGAUUUUUGCAGAAAUUAUUCUGUGAAUCUUAAUCGAAGAAGUCAGUCUUUAGUUCCCCUUCUGCUUACUUUGCUGGGGGAAUUCAUUUUUUUUCACCCCUUGUUCCACUGUUAGGAAGGAGUGAUUGCUUCAAGCAGUCAUGGCUUCAUGUGUCACAGGAAGGAUGCAUGCCACAGUUGGACAAGUGAGGAAACGCAGGUGCCAGUGUAUGGAGAACAUAGACUCAAAAGACAACUUAAUGCAAAUGCCACCUUCCUAAACAAGAAUUACAGGAAAAUUCUGCUCUUCACGGCUUUCAUUCAGCAAAAUAGGUCAAAGUUAUUGUUACAUGAACAUAACAUUCAGGACGGUGGGAGUUGAUUUCUAGGUAGGAUGUUUACCAUUGCCUUUAAAUAAGCAACCAGUGCUGUCAAACUAAACACAAUCAGUGUUCAGAUUCCUGAAGAGACUCUUCAGUAUGUUUAGUCAAGUGAAGUGCAAGAGUGAGAAAUGCCUCUUCUUUGCCUCCAGAAGAUGGUAGAGUUGGGUCAUUUAUGUGCAGUUACUCAUAGUGUAUGGAUAUCUCAUCUUGAACCAGUCAUCACAAUAGGUGCUUAAUCAUACAUUCCACUUAAAGCAAUUGUUUGAUUGUGGAUUUCACUCUUACUAGUUCGUUGUUAAAGUGGCUAAGUCUGAAACCACAAAGUAGGUAUUUUUUUUAAAUGCACAAGGCACUUUUCUUCUGAGAACAUCCAGAGUUAAGAAGAUGUUGUUUAUGAAAGUAUUUUUGAAUAUUUAAGGUAAAAUUAUGGUGCAAGUUCUGCUCAUGUGCACUAAUAGUUUUUCUUUACUGUUAUUCAUACACAUACACGUCUUUCUAAAAUAUUUUUGUACCAAAUGAAAAAAAAACAACAAAAUUUGUAUGCAUGUAUGUAUUUAAAGUGUUGUUAACCCUAUGCAUGCUGUCUUUAGAUUGAGUGAGUAAAGAAAAUUAUCCCUAAAUUGAGGAGGGAUAAUUACUUGCAAAUUCUGUACUACGAAUGAAACCAAGGGAUAGUUGCAGGUUGCUUUAGGUAUACAUUUAGUAAGCAGAAAAUGCUGUUGCUAUAAGCUGGGCGCUAUAAUUCAUUUAGCUAAGCCAAAAUGGUGUACCUUUAAAUAUUAUGGAAAUAUGGGCUAAUUCAGUAAAUUAAGAGUAAAGAAUCUGUUGUAGGAGAUCUGGCUAAAGAUAACCUGUUUCCAGGUCUGAAAAUGGAUCUCUAUGAAUGUGUUGGGUGCUAAGAAAAUGUUGGACCUCCCAGUGCUAAUAACCCAAAAUUGAUAUCUGAUUGCAGGAGAUUUCUGUGGAAAUAUUGAAAUCUAGAUAUUAAUUUUAAAUAUUAAGAAGGCCCUCAUGGUAAGGAAGAAUACCAUAAUUAGUGGUUCUAAACCUUUUCAAUACCAUGAUUUCACAUUCAGCAAAGGUUUUGGGACCACAGUUCUAUCAUGCUUUAAAGAAGAGAGUGUUUACAGUUUUUCACAGUGAGAAUCUGUGUUGGAUAUUGGAACAAUUGACUUCGGACUUGAAUUAUGUGAGGGCAUUAAAAUAUACAUUUGCAAGCAACGUCAGCUGUUCUUAAACAGCUUAUAUUAACAGAAAUGUCUCUUUUAAAAGUAUAGAAUUCCAUACUUAACUUUUAAAGCAAAGUUAAAUGUUUAUCACUGCUGUAAUUGUUCUUAGUCUACACACUUUUAGCACUGACAGGAUGUCAGCAAAAUGUAGAACCUGAGCUUCUUGCAGGAAUGGUCUACUUGACUUUUUCUGGAAUGCCUGGAAAAAAAAAUCAAAUGAUCAUGCCUGGUAUACAGGAUGAUCAAGCUACCCUAGUUCUUUGUGCUGAAGUUACAUUUGUGGAUGGUGUAUAUGCAAGUGCACUGACUUCAAACAGUAUGCACUCAGCUGUCAAGAGGCAUAUAUGCACUUAAUACGGCAGCUCAUCCUUCUGAAGGGUAUGUGCAAAUGUUUAAGUAAAUAACCAAAUCAGUUGUCUUGUUUUGUGCAAAAAAGAUCAUUGUAGGAAGAUCAGCAUUGCAUCAUUUCAGGUUCAUGUUGUCAUGUUAUGUGGAAUACUGAACGUGUAUUAUUCAGCCCACUUUUCAGCGUUAAUAGUUUCUUGUGCUUGUGAGGUUAUUUAUUGACGUGGAAUGUGAGAGGAAAAAGUGCCUUUUUAAGGUUUUAUUCUUUUGGUUAUUUUUGUUGAUAUGUCUUAUUUGAAUGGGAAAAUGUAUUUGUUGCAGUACAGUAAAAUGCUUGUGGAAAAA